UAUCAACAGUGUGUGAGUAAGCCGAUAGACGCUAGUAGCCGCAGCCGGCUCAUCAGUGCAAAAGCAGAGCUGCCAGUGUACGGUUCACGUUUUCCCAUUGCAAGAUUUGUCAGCAAAUUGUCGUUUCAGGAACACAGUCGCAUACGCAUACUACGCACUACAAACGAAGAAAUGCAUUUUAUAAAAUUGGUGCUGCCGGUGGGCUUUACUCAAGUUAUCCGAACUUUUGCAGUUACAGCGGCGGCCAUGAGCGGAAACGAAAAUUACAAGGAGGCGAAAUCGAUUUACGAUUUCACCGCGAAGUCCAUCAAGGGCGAGGAUGUCCCCUUAUCCAAUUACAAAGAUCACGUGUGUCUGAUAGUGAACGUGGCCUCGAAAUGUGGUCUCACGGCAACGAAUUACAAAGAAUUAAAUGAGCUGUACGACGAGUACGCAGAAUCCAAAGGUUUACGAAUUUUGGCCUUCCCUUGCAAUCAGUUCAAUGGACAGGAGCCAGGAGAUAACGAAGAAAUAUGCAGCUUCGCCAACCGACAAAAGGUGAAGUUCGACUUGUUCGACAAGAUCGACGUGAACGGCGAGAACACGCACCCGCUGUGGAAGUAUCUGAAGAAGGAGCAAGGAGGUACCUUGGGCAGCUUCAUCAAAUGGAACUUCACCAAGUUCAUCGUGGACAAGGAGGGCAAAGUGGUGGAGAGACACGGUCCGAACGUGGACCCGAGUAAACUGCGGAGCAAUCUGGAGAAAUACUUCUAAUCUCGCUCGCUUUUCGUGUCACCGUUUCCUAAAUCCGUAAUACAGCAUGCUUUGUAAUCGAUGAACACGCGUAGGGAUAAGAAUCCACCAACAGAUUCACACACAAACACAUAUAUACGCACUCGCGCACACUGUAUCACAGACAUUCGACAUUCCUCGGCAGAGGUUUCGUUUCUAUGUUUCUUCUCUUCCAUCGUAUAUUAAUAACGCCACGCGACCUACUCUUCUAUCGGCGGACAAAUGUUUUCUACGAAUAACCAUAGACGUUUAGAUGUUUCUUACCAUGUGUACAUGUGAAGAAUUAAUAAAAGGGUGCUAUACCCGAGUUCGUUAA